ACACAACACAACUGUAGUUGUUUUUUCUCAAAACGUUUCCUUUCCGGCUACACUUUAUAAAAGUGGAUGUCGAGUUAGCAAAGUGCAACAUAUGCAAUAAGAGUAUUGCAACCAAAGCCGGUGUUAAUGAAGCAUUUGUUUGGAUGAGUGUUUUGCCCUCCCUCCCUGUUUAGUUUGGUCUACUCCAUGCGUAUCUUGAAACACGCCCCCUUUCACGUUGUCUAAAAAACAGAGAGAGACAGAUUUAUCCGGUACAGUGAAUUUCUCUAAGCAGCAGGCCACUGUAUACGUUCACUUAAAACAUAACUGACUGUGUUUACGAGAAUACUUGCAGAGACAAUUAUUUUGAUAUAAUUGUGUGUGUAAGUGUUCAUUCAGAAGUUACGAUACGCGAAAGAUGAAUUCAUUCUCUGUACGCGUAUUGUCUGAAAUGCUGCUCGCAGCACGUGCUUUGAAUGAGUGAGUGCAAGCUCCGAAUGUGCACAAAUUGUUUAAAAUGCUUGAAUCAGCAAUAUUUAGAAACAAAUGCAAAUGAACGGCUAUGAUCCGUUUCACCCCUGCAAGCGAGUGAACAACGCAAAUCAAGUUAGGAAUUUUACAUCACUAUUCACAAUAGCACAUCGGACUGGAAAACACAAUACCCCUGGGACAUCAAGAUAGCGAUUUUAAGAGCCCUGCACCUCAGAUCAAUCAAACAUGGAAUCAAAACCCAUUGAAAUGGCAGCCCUAGGAAGACCUCUGUAUCCUGGUAUGCUGUAUGACUGCCGUGAAGAUUCCUUCAUUCCAGGUGUUACUCUGUGGGAUAAGAAAUCACUGAAUGAAGAUCCGUACAGUCGUCCACAGCUCAUGACAGAUUUAAAGUUCAGUAGCUCGGACUCUCUCUCUGAUAAGUCCAGUCUCCUGGAUGUAAGUGCUUCCCUGAAGGCCAGCUUUUUGGGAGGGCUAGUGGAGGUGGGAGGAUCUGCCAAGUACCUGCGGAACACUAAAUCUUCAAACCAGCAGUCCAGAGUAACAAUGCAUUACAGUGAAACCUCAAAAUUCAAACAACUCAGUAUGACUCAUCUGGGCCAGUUCACCUACCCUCAGGUGUUUGAGCAGAAAACUGCAACUCAUGUGGUCACAGCUGUGUUGUACGGAGCUCAGGCCUUCAUGGUGUUUGAUCGUUCAUUUGUAGAAGAUGAAAACAGGCAGGAGAUUGAGGGAGAACUGAAUGUCAUGGUCAAGAAGAUCCCUAAAUUAUCUAUUGAGGGACAAGGAGCUGUAGAAAUGACAGAUGAGGAAAAGAAGAAGGCUGAGGAGAUCACCUGCACAUUUCAUGGUGAUGUCCAUCUUGAGCAGAACCCCACCACAUACAUAGAAGCCCUAGAGGUGUAUAAGAAGCUCCCCUCUCUACUGAGGAAGAAUCCAGAGAAUGCAGUGCCAAUAAAAGUCUGGCUCUAUCCUCUUUCUCUACUGGAUCCAAAAGCAGCUCAGUUGGUUAAAGAAAUCAGCACACGUCUCAUUUCUAACACUGAAAAUAUAAUAGAGGAGCUGGGAGAAGUAGAGAGGAGAUGCAAAGACCUGUCCAGAAGAAAAAUUGUAAAUUUAUUCAGUGACAUUAAAGAGAGGCUGAACUCAUUUCAGGGAUCAUUUAGCAAUUAUAAGAUGGUACUCCAGAAAGCACUGGCCAGAGUCUUGCCUGCUAUUCGAGGAGGAGGGAUGGAGGAAGAGUCACUGGCAGACAUCCUGAAGAUCCACUUUAACUCCCCUUUUAAAGCUAGCAAGCUUAACCAGUGGUUACAUGACACCGAGUUACAACUUGACCUCUUGAGUGUUUACACUAAGACACUGAAGGGGAUCCAAAUAGAAGAUUCAGACAGUCUCAUCAGCCUCCUUGAUCCUGAUAUUGAUUUUGUGGUGUGCUUGACCUUCACAUCUCUGAAAUAUAAAGACCAAUAUCUUUCAACCCUGAAUGAGUUUCUAAAAACUGACCCCUUUAAAGAAUUAGAUGGGGAAAACAAGUUUCCCCUGACAUCUUCUUUCAGAAAAUCAUUCAACCCUCAUGAUUUCACUUCAAAAAUGAGAGAAAACUUAUCUCACUUCAGAAGUUUUUCAGAGGCCAAUAAAGAUGAAAGGAGAAUGCACUUCAUUAUUUCUGCAAUAUCUGAUUCCUCCAGUCCAGGCUCCUCGAUCUAUCUGUAUGAAAAAGGGAUUCUGACAGAUACACAGUUCCAGCCUGUGUCCAAGCCGCCCCCACCAGAAGUGAAGAAUGUUCUGGACCAAACUGUGUCCCUGAAACUGCAGAAGUCCCCAACUGGAGAAACAGUGAAGUAUAGAGUAGAGUACAAGCAGAUGAAAGCAGAUUCUGGAGCUGAGGAACAGUGGCUCUUCAUAGACACAGCUGAUGAAGACUUUACACUGACUGGAUUGAUAUCUGGAAAGCAGUACCUGAUCCGCUACAGGAUAGUGGGUAAAGUAGGAGUGAGUGAAGCCAGUGAUACUGUCAGCCCUACACUUUCUCAAAUCACUGACUGGACCAGGAACGAAUUCCUACAAUAUGGCUGUUUUCUCACACUGGAUCCAAACACAGCAAACACUGAUCUCAUUCUGUCUGAGGAGAACAGAGAGGUGACAUGUGUGGAAGAGUCUCAGUCGUAUCCUGAUCAUCCAGACAGAUUUGAUGAUGUCUAUCAGGUGUUGUGUAAAGAAAGUGUGUGUGGACGUUGUUACUGGGAGAUUGAGAGCAGUGGAGAAUAUGUGUUUAUAUCAGUGUCAUAUAAGAGCAUCAGCAGGAAGGGACGGGGUGGUGAGUCUGUGUUUGGACAUAAUAAUCAGUCCUGGAGUUUGAUCUGCUUUCGUGACAGUUACUCAUUCAGACACAAUAACAAACAGACUGUUCUCCCUGUGAAGUCCAUCAUCAGCAGAACAGGAGUGUAUGAUGAUGAUAAUAUCAGUAGAACAGGAGUGUAUGAUGAUGAUGAUGAUAAUGAUUAUAUCAGUAGAAUAGGUGUGUAUGUGGAUCACGGAGCAGGAACUCUGUCCUUCUACAGCGUCUCUGAAAACACAAUGAGCCUCAUCCACACAGUCCAGACCACAUUCACUCAGCCGCUCUAUCCUGGGUUCACUGUUGGUCAUAAAUCAUCAGUGAAACUGUGUUGAUGGAUCAGAGACUGACGAGAGAUUCUACCCAUAAUGCUUUGAGCUGCAUGAUGAACCAGUGACAGUGAGAUGUUAUAGAGUCUCUUCAUGACAUUAAUACUGCAGCUGAACAUCUGUCACUGAAAUAACAGUCAGAAUAAAUGUGUAUCAGAAAUCAUCAUAUAAACCAUAAGAUCAGUGUGUGUGUGUGUGUGUGAGAGAGAGAGAAAGUGUGUGCGUGUCUGUGUGUGUUUAUCUACAUUUGUGUUUUUAUUGUAGUCAGAACAAUAAUUUGUAUUAUUUCUAUUAAAAUGUUCUUUCAACAGAAAAGUUCUUUGUGAAUCAUGUUUGUGAAAAGUACAUCAUUAGUUUUUCUCUCUGGUUUUUGUUCAUAAAUAAUAAAACAAUGAGAAAUGAA